UGUAGCAUCUUUUUCACAGUUUAUCUUGCACAUUGUUGUUAUUUUUAGUGGAAGCCUUGUUGUUUUUAAUUUUUACAUAUCAAUAUUUUUGUAGUCUUUUAUGACAGUCCCUAAAAUGUGACUGGAAAAAAAAAUGUCUUGUGCAAAGCUGCCAUCUACAGGCAAUCCUUAUUUAGGUUCUUGUUUGAUACAUGCCUCAAAAUCAUGUUACUUCCACUUUCAUAGUUACAUCAAACUUUCGAAAUGUCAGAAAGCUAACUGAUUGUUCUUGGAUAUUUGACAAAAUGGAGAGGACAGAUUCAUAUAAUCAAAGACUAAGUGGCUCAACAUAUUAUAGCAUUACCUGUCCAAUGAGUCACACUUAAUAUUAGUAACAUCUAAUGUCCUGUCAUGACUUCAUCUAUUGUUGACACUCUGUUUGGCUUUCAGUCCAUGUAGGUUACAUGUAUCUGUGGGGUCUAAUUUUAGAUGCCCCUUUGAAUGCACUCUCUAAAGUCCUUAACAUUUAUAGUAUCUACUUAAAUUAUAAUCCAGUUUACUGAUGCGUUUCACAUUCAGUUUGUGUGUGUUUGUCAUGAUUCUUCCAGAGAGCUUUGAGAAUCCCCUCCCUCCUCUUCCAAGUCCCCACCUCUCUCCUAAACAGAUUAUUGAGGAGUUAAAGGAGCUUGCAUCGGUCCCUGUGUCGUCUCCAUGAGGCUUAGAGUUACAGAGGAAACGGAUGGGAUAAGAAAACCUGGGGAUCUAAUUACAGAAGCUUAAUCAGCAAUCCAAGGCCCGUCCAGAACCCAGUCGCAAGCCUCAAGCCGCUACUCCUCACAGUUUCUCUUUCAGAGGUAUUCGUCUGAGAUUUGAUACAGCUACGUCUGUUUAACAUGGAGAACGAGGAAGAGGAAGAUGAAAUCUUUACCACAUUUCAGGGAGGAUAUGAAGGGCAGGAAAAUGUGGAGGAGCAGGAGGAAGAAGAGGAAGAGGAGCCAGAGGCUGAGAGGAAGAGCAGUUGGGAUGUCCCAAUUCCAAGUCGAUCACUGGCCAGUCGCAGAGCUUCACUUCCAUGUCCGGCUCAGCUGAAUGCGAUGCAUCUGAGCCGUCUGCAUGCUGCCACCACGAGCCUUAGCAUGGCUUACCCGAGCCACUGGCUUCAGAGCGGUGAGGCGAGGCCGUGCUCUCGCUCCAGCCAUGUUGCCAAUAGUGAGGAGGGAACGCACACCAAGAGCAGCGCAUGUGAAAGACGCCCAUAUGCCAUCCCAACCAUCCCUGAGGUGCAUGAGCCUCUGGAGAGAAAAGCUCGGUUUAGGAGCCGCAAUGUCAUGUCUCUGAGUGAUGCGGACAGUUUGUGUCUGAUCUGCCAUGACAACCUAUGCAAAGGAGGAGGAGUUAUCAGAGAGCUUCACUGUUCCCACAGCUUCCACAGUGAGUGCAUAGAGGAAUGGCUAUGGACUAAGCAGACCUGUCCCACGUGUCAAAAGCAUGUUGCCAUGCCAGAGCCCCUGUACUGGACAUCUACCAGAGUAAUAGUGCCCUGAGCUCUUCCAGCUCCCAUUCAAACUACCUUGGACAUCAGAUGGGUAACAAAAACAUCAGACAUGAUGGUGGAUAACUAACAAUGCAGCUAUUUCCUACAAAAAAGGUAGUCAUAUGACUAAUCACAAAGAGGAGAUUUUGUUACAGAUUGGUAGAGCAUUUCUUUGUACAUAGGCUAAAUGAAAAUAACAUGACUAAAUGUAAAAUUGUUUUAUUUAAUCAUAUUUACAUAUUAAGAAAAUAUGUUAUUUUCUAUUGUGUAUAUCUUUUUCUGCAGAAAUUUAAGCAAACUGAACAAGUUGUAUGAAGUUGUACGAUUGUACAUUUUAAAAUGUACCUCACUAUAUUUGUAAGUAAUUCAAAGUAGGCCAACUGGCAAUGUUCUGUUUUCAAAACAUGUAACUAAUGUAAUAUUAUCAACAAAAGUGCAGGCCUGUAUUUACCAGGUGUGUGGCUACUUUAGUAAAUGUGCUUCUUACUACUAGGGGAAUUUGAACUUUAUUUGUGUUCAUACAGUAUUUCACUGGUCAUCCUGACAUAGAAUUAUGAUGAAUCUUACUGAACUAACAAGUCAAAAUCACAUUCCUGUGAUGUUUACUAAACUUUUAUUGAAAA